AUGGAGAGCUCCAAUUGGACCAGUGUCUCCCAUUUCAUUCUCCUGGGGAUUUCCACCCACCCAGAAGAACAGAUCCCUCUCUUUGUUCUCUUCCUCUCUAUGUACAUCAUUAAUGUGUCUGGGAACUUGAUCAUUAUCAUAUUGACCAUUUCCACCACUCACCUCCACACGCCUAUGUACUUCUUCCUCAGCAACUUGUCCUUGGCUGACAUCGGCUUCACCUCCACUAUUGUCCCCAACAUGCUAUUAAACAUCUUCUCAGAUACAAAGACCAUCUCGUACAUUGGCUGCCUGACCCAGGUAUACUUCUUCAUAAGUUUUGCUGCUAUAGAAAAUUUCCUUCUGGCAGUAAUGGCAUAUGAUAGAUAUGUUGCCAUCUGUCAACCUUUCCACUACCCUGUGGUCCUGACCAGGAGACUGUGUGCUCAGAUGGUAACCUCUUGCUUCACUCUCUCCCAACUCCACGCCCUCCUACAUACCACGCUCAUGACCAAAUUGUCCUUCUGUGCUAACAAUCAGAUCCAUCAUUUCUUCUGUGACCUCUAUCCCCUGAUGAAGAUCUCUUGCUCUAACACCUAUAUCAAUACCCUGGUAAUUCAAACAGAAGGAGUUGUCAUCAUCAAUGGGUCUUUGACAUUCAUCAUCAUCUCUUAUGCCUGCAUCAUCUCAACUAUCCUCCAUAUUCCUUCAGCCACUGGCAAGUGGAGAGCCUUCUCCACCUGUGGAUCACACCUAACAGUAGUGGUUCUAUUCUAUGGGACACUUACCUGGGUCUAUUUUCGGCCCUUAGCCACCUAUUCAGUCACAAAGGGACGCAUUGUGACGGUUAUGUACACUGUGGUGACCCCCAUGCUAAACCCCUUCAUUUAUAGCUUGAGGAAUGUUGAUGUGAAGGCUGCCUUCAGAAAAUGGCUGGAAAGAAUAUGGCACUCAGGUCUCAAAUAA